AAGCACACACAUGACUUACAGUCACAGACAAAAACACGGUUUGGACGAGACACGAGCUAUCUAUCUAUAUAUUUGCCUUUUUUCCUGGUCGCUUCCUGUGUGUUUUUUUUUUCCAUGCCUGCCCGGUUUGAACGUAGCUGACACGGUUCGUCCAAUGGUAUCAGUCCACAUGCAGCGCAGGGAAGAGGGGCAGCAGUGAGGCACUUUGAUAAAACCAGGCUGUCAGCACCGUGUGCAGCCACAGAGAGCUGCGCCACGGUGAGGCAGGCAGGACACGGCGACGGUAGCACGGGAGAGACCAGACCGGGUGAAAGCAACCCUCUUCACAGACACACAGGACACUGCCGCAGACACUUUCCCCACCAUUUUCGGAGAUAAGAGGAGCCUCAGAGUGACCCUCAUCCAGACAGACAAGAGGAAUUUGGCUCAACACAACAUUUUUCUGCCGUAAUUUGCGGGAAGAAGAUCUUAACCGGAGCCAAGGAAAGGGAAAACCGAGCAGACCGCGGUCAAUAGCUGUCGAUAUCUAUCCGAGUAAAUGCUCAGCUCGCAGUUGGCAAACUCCUCAUUCCUCUGAAAGUGUUGACAGUUUAUAUAUUUAUAUUUUUAAAGAGCCUGAAGCUACCACACGGCAGUGUUUGUGUAAAGCUGUGCGGUGAAGGAGCCGUCUGUCCGCCAUGGAGAACGCUCACACGAAGAGUGUGGAAGAAGUUUACAGUUAUUUCUGCGUCAAUGAGAGCACAGGACUUUCCCUGGACGAGGUGAAGCGUCAGAAGGAGAAAUGGGGCCUAAACGAGUUACCAGCAGAGGAAGGGAAAUCUUUGUGGGAGCUCGUCCUCGAGCAGUUUGAAGAUUUACUUGUUCGAAUUCUUCUGCUGGCUGCAUGUAUAUCUUUUGUACUGGCCUGGUUUGAGGAGGGAGAAGAAACCAUCACUGCCUUCGUGGAGCCUUUUGUAAUUCUACUCAUUCUUAUAGCCAAUGCCAUCGUCGGUGUGUGGCAGGAACGCAAUGCUGAGGAUGCCAUUGAGGCACUUAAAGAGUAUGAGCCUGAGAUGGGGAAAGUGUACCGGCAGGACAGGAAAACUGUGCAGAGGAUCAAGGCCCGAGACAUUGUGCCUGGUGACAUUGUCGAGGUUGCUGUUGGAGAUAAGGUUCCUGCUGACAUCCGUAUCUGUUCCAUCAAAUCAACAACUCUGAGGGUAGACCAGUCCAUUCUGACCGGUGAAUCUGUCUCUGUCAUCAAACAUACCGACCCUGUGCCCGACCCGCGAGCUGUCAACCAGGACAAGAAGAACAUGCUCUUCUCUGGUACCAACAUUGCAGCUGGGAAGGCUGUGGGCGUGGUCGUGUCCACCGGUGUUAACACGGAGAUCGGUAAGAUCCGUGACGAAAUGGUGGCCACCGAGCAGGAGAAGACGCCCCUGCAGCAGAAACUGGAUGAGUUCGGCGAGCAGCUGUCCAAGGUCAUCUCCCUCAUCUGCAUCGCCGUGUGGAUCAUCAACAUCGGCCACUUCAAUGACCCCGUCCAUGGAGGCUCGUGGGUCCGCGGGGCUGUCUACUACUUCAAGAUCGCCGUGGCGCUGGCUGUGGCUGCCAUCCCCGAGGGUCUUCCCGCCGUCAUCACCACCUGCCUGGCCCUGGGGACUCGCCGCAUGGCCAAGAAGAACGCCAUUGUCCGCAGCCUGCCAUCGGUGGAGACCCUGGGCUGCACCUCUGUCAUCUGCUCUGACAAGACAGGAACCCUGACCACCAACCAGAUGUCUGUGUGCAGAAUGUUUGUUGUAAAAAAGGCUGAAGGGGACAGCUGCUUUCUGUCAGAGUUCACAAUCACAGGUUCUACCUAUGCACCUGAAGGAGAAGUGUACCAGGAUGGUAAACCAGUGAAGAGCUCCCAGCAUGAUGCCCUGAUUGAACUGGCAACCAUCUGUGCCCUGUGUAACGACUCCUCUCUGGACUUCAACGAGGUGAAGGGUGUGUACGAGAAGGUCGGUGAAGCCACAGAGACGGCACUGACCUGUCUGGUGGAGAAGAUGAACGUCUUUGACACCGACGUCCACAGCUUGUCCAAGAUCGACAGAGCCAACGCCUGCAACUCGGUGAUCAAGCAGCUGAUGAGAAAGGAGUUCACCCUGGAAUUCUCCAGAGACAGAAAGUCCAUGUCCGUUUACUGCACCCCCAACAAUCGUUCUUCCAUGGGCAAGAUGUUUGUCAAGGGGGCCCCUGAGGGAGUUAUUGAGAGGUGCACUCACGUACGAGUUGGCAACAGCAAAGUUCCCCUCAGCAAACCUAUCAAGGAAAAGAUCAUGUCUGUAAUCCGUGACUACGGAACAGGUCGCGACACCCUGAGGUGCCUGGCUCUGGCCACAAGAGACAGCCCACCCAAAAUGGAGGACAUGAUACUGUCUGACACUGCCAAAUUUGUGGAUUACGAGUCCGACCUGACCUUUGUCGGCUGCGUCGGCAUGCUGGACCCUCCCAGACAGGAGGUGGCCGCCUCAAUCAUGCUGUGCCGACAGGCUGGCAUCCGCGUCAUCAUGAUCACUGGAGACAACAAGGGCACAGCUGUGGCUAUCUGCCGCCGCAUCGGCAUCCUGAGCGAGGAAGACGAUGUGGAACGCAUGGCCUUCACGGGACGAGAGUUUGACGAGCUCUCGCCCUACGAUCAGCGUGAGGCUGUGACUCACGCCCGCUGCUUUGCCCGCGUCGAGCCUUCACACAAGUCCAAAAUCGUUGAGUUCCUGCAAGGAUUCGACGAGAUCACUGCUAUGACAGGUGAUGGAGUGAACGAUGCCCCUGCCUUGAAGAAGGCAGAGAUCGGCAUCGCCAUGGGCUCUGGCACUGCCGUGGCCAAGUCAGCCUCUGAAAUGGUCCUCGCUGAUGACAACUUCUCUUCCAUCGUGGCCGCCGUUGAAGAAGGCCGAGCUAUUUACAACAACAUGAAGCAGUUCAUCAGAUACCUCAUCUCCUCCAAUGUGGGGGAGGUCGUCUGCAUCUUCCUCACUGCUGCACUUGGCUUCCCUGAGGCUCUGAUCCCAGUUCAGCUGCUCUGGGUCAACCUGGUGACUGAUGGCCUCCCAGCCACCGCCUUGGGCUUCAACCCCCCAGAUCUGGACAUCAUGGAGAAGCCUCCUCGUAACGCUAAGGAGCCCCUCAUCUCUGGAUGGCUCUUCUUCAGAUACCUGGCCAUUGGAUGUUAUGUGGGUGCAGCCACAGUGGGAGCUGCUGCCUGGUGGUUUACUCUCUCUGAAGAAGGACCUCAACUCUCUCUGUAUCAGCUGAGCCACUUCCUGCAGUGUGGCCCAGACAACCCCGAAUUCGACGGCCUGGACUGCCACGUGUUUGAGUCGCCCUACCCAAUGACCAUGGCCCUGUCUGUGCUCGUCACCAUUGAGAUGUGCAACGCUCUCAACAGUCUGUCAGAAAACCAGUCCCUGCUGCGGAUGCCUCCAUGGGAGAACAUUUGGCUCCUGGGGGCCAUCUGCCUCUCUAUGUCCCUCCACUUCCUCAUCCUCUAUGUGGAACCUCUGCCUGUCAUUUUCCAGAUCACGCCUCUGGAUACAACCCAGUGGAUGAUGGUGCUGAAGAUCUCCCUGCCCGUCAUCCUGCUGGAUGAGGUGCUAAAGUUUAUGGCCAGGAACUACUUGGAAUUUGGUAAACAGCUGGAGAAACCGGCCAGCAAAGGCUGCUCUAUGUCUGCAUGCGCCGAGGGCAUCUCCUGGCCCUUCGUGGCCAUCUCCCUGCCCCUGGUGCUGUGGAUCUACAGCACCGACACUAACGUGUCCUCCAUGCUGUGGCCCUGACUGACUCCAGUACACUACCCUCCCUGUGCACAAGUGUGAAGUGGACAUUAACACACACACCUAACACGGUUACAUUAACUCGGAACCAACUCACAGUCAACACUUGCACCUGCUCUGACGGUCUGUCCGCCGUCAGACAUUUUGUAUUUAGGACAUUUUCACUGAUACAUGUUUUUGGGUGGGGGGGGGCUGGGAUUAGUCAUAUUUUAAUGACUUUGACUGACGUAUGUCUAAUGUGUUUUUAUUUUACCAUCAUGCAUCGAUCACCUGUUUUGAACAGUUAGAGAUGCCCACCGUGUCGGAGCUGUGUUGAGCUGUACAGAGAAUUUACACUAUUUUAUAAUAAUUAAUAUUUUGUAAUUUUUGGGAGGGGCUCUGGUGACCAGAAUGCUGGGUGUGAUGAGAGGGUGUAAUUCUAAGGACCGUGUAGUACAAUACUAAUUUUGGGGGUAAAGAAUAUAUAUUUGCCCUGGCAUGAAUCUCUAUAGUUAUUUUUGAGCUCCAUGCGUAAUCAUUUAUUAUUUUCUGCAGUAGGCAGAGCACAGCUACCUCAAUGCUGUUAAUAUGACCAUAACUAACACAUUUAUCAUGUCGACCAUUUCAUACUUUAUCAUUUGAAGUGUUGAGGUAAGCACCAAUUUGUUUUGCAGUAGAGACAAAGCCCUCACACACAUUUUUAAUGAUUUUAAAAAAUAUAUAUUUCUGUUAUUGGAGGAAAAAGAUGUUACCAGUUUGAUUCCAGCAUUACUAUUUUUUGAUAAAGUCUGUUGUUAAAUUUGUUUACUUGAAAACACAUUUGUCUUGAUUUUUUUUUUUUUUAAGUGUGAUUUUUGAGAUUCGUGGUUAAUUCUAGUCAUCUUUCUGAUGUAUGUAUAAUGUGCACAUACUGUACUUGAAUGUGUUUUUAAAAAAAAACGCACCAAGAAGCUGUUAGUCUUAACUGAGCACAACAUGUACGAGCGGCCAUUGGAGUGUAUAUCUGUACAUAGCACACAAAGUAGAAUCUGUGUAGAUUUUUGUUGUUGGCAAAAUGCUCCAUACAUUUACACGAGUUUACUUCAGCGUGGUCUGCAUGCCUGCUCCAAUAAUACCAGGCCAGUGAGUUUUCUUUUUUAGUUUUCAAAGCUAACUGUCGUUUCUUCCAAUGCCUUCCACCCGUUUACCUGCAGAGUGAGUACACUUUGACCUGCAUGCCAACUAGCGCUCUCAUGUUUGCAGGGUUGCACACGCCGCUUUUCUGUCUGUCGUUGCACAUACGGGAAUGUACGGAAGACGAUUGGGGCCACAUAUGAAACAUUUAUUUGAGUUCUGACUUUAUUCUCAGAAUUCUGACUUUUUUUUCUAAAGAAAUACUUUUUUCCCAUCAGAAUUCUGAGUUUUAAAGUCAGAACUCGCAUCAAUUUUUCACAUGGCCCUAAUCCUCUUCUGUAGGAAGAAAAGCAACGGCAGCUCAUAUCUUUUCUUUCUGUCUUUCUUUAAAUAUACUUCUAAUGGUACAACAGUUCAGAGGAGGAGAAUGAAGGGGAGUUUGUGUUUGAGAAAAUGCCUUCGGUGUCACCAAGUGCCAGGUUACAGAGUAGUAAUAAGAGCCUUUUUGCAUCUGAAGCUGGCACCUUGUCAGUGGUGCUGGUUAUUUUUGACUGUAGACUGGCAGCAUGUUUUGGCAGGGACAUUUAAGUGCCCCACACACCACCAUAGGACAUGUGUUACUGUCUUUUUUUUUUUUUAAUUGCAUUUGUCUUUUGACCUCUGCUUGUCCAUAGCAUGACCUUUUUAAUAUAUCUAUUUCCUGAAAAGUACUGAUGGAAUGAAAUGAUUUGCUGCUUUCUCUCUGACAUCCACUGAUUUGAUUCUUCCUCUCUUCUGUUUUUUUCUUUGCAGCAAAGGACAAAUAAGCCCACCUCUACUCUAAAUUCCUCGCAGAAACUUUUGGUUUUGAUUUGUGUUGUGCAUGUGUGUGAUUUGGGCAGCACAUCUUACAAGAGCUGCAUGUCAGUUAAGUAAUAUGAAGACGGAGGUUUGUAAAGGUCAUCCAUCAUUUUUUUUUUUUUUUAUAGACUGGCCAUAAAUGUCUGAAAACUAGCCAACCCCACCUCAUCAGUCCCUCCAUCGUCCUGCAUGAAGAGCCUUAGAUUACAGUUCUCAUGCCAUCUCUUUAGACAGAGAUCUUAGUACAGUGUACAGUAAAUUGUACUAUAUUCCAUGGUGCAUGUCCGCUGAAUCAGCCAUCUGUUUUACCAGACUUGUGUAAUAGACCAUGUAUAGUAUUGGUAAAUAGACUAGACAUUCGUCAAAUAGUACAAAUGUUAAAUAAGCUCAAAAAAACAGUUCAUCUUUCCUAAGGAAAUACUUUUAUGGGAUAUUUAAAAACCAAACAGCCUUUUUUUUCUUCUUCUUUGCUUUGCACUGAGAUGUGCAACAUGUUUGGAGCAGAUUUUGCCUGGGAUGGUGGUUGUGCAGCGGUGUCAUGAUGUAUACGUUUUACCAUGAGAACGACGGGCAGUCCCUCCUCUGGCAUUUUUUGCCAAACUGCUGUACUGUAUUUUCAGAGAUGAUUGUACAAUGUAUCACAUGAACUUUGGUUUCAGGUAAAUAAAACUGUCAUACGUG